AUGAAUGUCCUUGGGACCGAUGUAAACUGGAAGCAGAACCUCGGGAUCGAUUUAAACUGGAAGCAGAACCUCGGCCGUGUGGAAAUCAAUGCACCCGUGUUGGUGGGCGCCGUGCCGACGGGCGGCUCCGCACCCAGCUCCCCUGGGGCUUUUCCAGGUUUUCUCCAGUGGAUUCUGCAUUCCACGGGGGGCACCGUGUGGGACCCAUGUCGGCUUGUGAGGUGCAGUGUGAUGGUAGGAACACACACACGGCACCACGUGCAGAUCCACCCGCCCGCCGGCUACCGCGUCUUCCGCAACGGCGAGUACCGGGAGACGCAGUAUUCGUUUAAAGAAGUAUUUGGCACCCUGGUUGCUCAGAAGGAACUUUUCGAUGUGGUGGCUAAACCUCUCGUGGAAGAUCUCGUCCAUGGGAAAAACGGCCUGCUUUUUACAUAUGGUGUAACGGGCAGCGGAAAGACCCACACCAUGACGGGAUCUCCGGGGGACGGAGGGCUUCUUCCUCGGUGCUUGGAUAUGAUCUUCAACAGCAUAGGACCGUUCCAGGCCAAACGAUUUGUUUUUAAGCUGGAUGAGAAGAAUGGUGUGGAUGUUCAGUGUGAAGUGGAUGCUCUGUUAGAGCGACAGAAAAGAGAUGCCCUGCCUGUUCCAAAAACUCCAGCUGGCAAGCGCCAAAUAGAUCCCGAAUUUGCCAAUAUGAUCAACGUGCAAGAUCACUGCAAAGUGGAAGAAGUUGAUGAAGAAAACGUUUACAGUGUCUUUGUCUCCUAUAUCGAGAUCUACAAUAACUACAUAUAUGACCUCUUGGAGGAAUCUCCCUUUGAUACCAUAAAACCAAAGUGGAACAAUUGCAACACUCCUGUGCGAAGUGGUGACUUUAUACCUCCACAAUCCAGAAUACUGCGUGAGGGCCAGAAUCACAAAAUGUACGUGGCGGGGUGCACCGAGGUAGAGGUGAAAUCCACAGAAGAAGCUUUUGAAGUGUUUUGGAGAGGUCAGAAAAAAAGGCGUAUUGCAAAUACUCAGCUGAACAGAGAAUCCAGUCGCUCUCACAGUGUUUUUAUAAUAAAGUUGGCUCAGGCACCCCUGGAUGCUGAUGGAGAUAACGUGCUACAGGAGAAAGAACAUAUCACUUUAAGCCAGCUGUCCUUGGUUGAUCUAGCUGGGAGUGAGAGGACUUACAGAACAAAAGCUGAAGGGAACAGGUUGCGAGAGGCAGGUAAUAUUAAUCAGUCACUGAUGACAUUAAGAACGUGUAUUGAAGUUCUACGGGAAAACCAGCUGUAUGGAACAAAUAAGAUGAUUCCGUACAGAGAUUCCAAGCUGACUCAUCUCUUCAAGAACUAUUUUGAUGGCGAAGGAAAAGUGCGUAUGAUUGUGUGUGUUAAUCCCAAAGCUGAGGACUACGAGGAAAGCUUGCAAGUGAUGCGGUUCGCAGAGAUGACGCAGGAAGUGGAAGUUGCCAGACCUGUUGACAAACCUCUUUGUGGCCUGACCCCGGGGCAGCGCUUCAGGAACCAGGCGUUCCGAGAGGAGCUCUCCCGAAAGCUGGAGAUGAGGGGGGGCCCCCUAAACCGAGAAACAGAAGAACAAUCUGUUUCAGAAACGCUUUUGAAGAGCUUUCCUCCGUUGCCUUCGUGUGAACUUUUGGAUAUUAAUGAUGAUCAAACACUUCCAAAGCUUAUUGAAGCCCUGGAAAAACGCCAAAUACUAAAACAAAUGUUGUCAGAGAAAUUUGCCAAAAACGUGCUUUCAUGUAAAACUCUGCUGCAAGACUUAGAGUCCAGCAUCGUAUCCAAGGAGAACUAUAUUCAAGGAAAAUUGUCUGAUAAAGAGAAAAUAAUAGCAGGACAGAAAAUGGAGCUAGAACGCCUGGAGAAGAAAAAUAAAACUCUGGAAUACAAGAUUGAGAUUUUGGAGAAAACUGCCACGAUUUACGAAGAAGACAAACGUAAUCUCCAGCAAGAGCUAGAAAGCAAGAGCCAGAAACUGCAGCGGGAGGCGUCCGACAAGCGGCGGCUGGAGGCACGACUGCAGGGCAUGGUGGUGGAAACCAGCAUGAAGUGGGAGAAGGAGUGUGAACGGCGCGUAGCAGCAAAGCAGCUGGAAAUGCAGAACAAACUUUGGGUCAAAGAUGAAAAACUGAAGCAACUGAAGGCCAUAGUUACUGAACCAAAGACUGAAAAACCCGAGAGGCCGUCGCGGGAGAGAGACAGAGAGAAGCCUGCUCAGAGAUCAGUGUCUCCUUCGCCAGUGUCUAACGCGCCUCCAGUUCGUCUCCGGCACCGACGGUCGCGCUCGGCCGGGGAGAGAUGGGUGGAUCAUAAACCACCUUCUAACCUGCCCACCGAGACGGUCAUGCAGCCCCAGGUCCCUCACGCCAUCACGGUAGCGGCUGCGAGCGAAAAAGCCCUAGCUAAGUGUGACAAGUACAUGCUGACACACCAGGAGCUGGCCUCCGAUGGGGAGAUUGAGACAAAGCUGAUUAAGGGCGAUGUUUUCAAAACCCGGGGUGGUGGCCAGGCUGUCCAGUUCACCGAGAUAGAGACUCUAAAGCAAGAAUCCCCAACUGGUCGGAAGCGACGAUCGUCGCCUUCCGAUCCCAGCCCGCCAGACGAUGCUGGAGACUCUGAAUGGACCGAUGUGGAAACCAGAUGUUCUGUGGCAGUGGAGAUGAGGGCAGGAUCUACCCUUGGACCUGGAUAUCAGCAUCACGCUCAGCCCAAGCGAAGAAAACCAUGAGCUUAAUGUGCUACUGCAUUG